AUGUCUCCCGUGCCCGCUCCCGCUAAAGCUCUUGUCACCGGCGCCAACGGCUACAUCGCGGCGUGGGUAGUGCGCACCCUUCUUGAACAGGGCUAUUCUGUUCUAGGCACUGUGCGCUCAGCUAGCAAAGGCGAACAUCUGAAGAAGAUCUUCGCGUCUUACGGCGACAAGUUCGGUAUCGCCGUUGUCGAGGAUAUUACUCAGCCAGGCGCCUUCGACGAAGUCGUCAAAGAUGUGGAUCUUGUAGAGCAUACUGCGAGCCCCUUUCACAUGAACGGGAAGACACCCAGCGAUCUCAUCGAUCCUGCUGUCCGGGGAACAACAGGCAUACUGGAAUCUAUCAAGAAGUCUGGAUCCUCUGUACGCCGUGUGGUUAUAACCUCAUCGACAGCGGCGGUGCAGUACCCGGUACCGAGCUACACCGUAUUCGAUGAAUACAGCUGGGAUGAGCACGCUAUAGAAGAAGUCAAGGCGAAAGGGGAUGCCACUGCAGCGGCAUUCGUCUACCGCGCGAGCAAGACUAUGGCGGAGAAGGCGGCCUGGGAGUUUGUAAAGACGCAUAACCCUUCAUGGGAUCUUGUUGUCCUGAACCCGCCGUUCGUAUUCGGCCCACCGAUCCACGAAGUCUCCUCGCUAUCAGCACUCAACACAUCCAUGCAGACAAUGUAUGACACACUCGUGAAGGGUGCGAAGGAUACCGAGGCUCUGGCAGCACCAGCAGGGUCGUGGAUCGAUGUACGCGACGUUGCUCGCGCUCACGCGUUGGCUGCGCAGGUGGCUGAGGCGGGCGGCAAUCGCAUCAUCAUCAGCGCGGGCGCGUUCUUCUGGCAAGAUGUCGUCGAUGCGGCUGUUGACAAUGGCGACGAGCCUGCGGUCAAGGGCCUAUACGGUGCCACUAAGGGCAAGAGGUCUGUGGUCAACUACAACACGGCGAAGGCAGGAAAGAUCCUUGGGAUGGAGUACAACAGCCUUCAUAACAUGACAAGGGACGUGAUGGCGUACUUCAAGGAGUUCUCCUCUUGA